GAGUGGGGAGGGAGGAGGCCACAAUCCUCGGAGGCAAGGCUGUGCAGGGCUUGUGGGGAAGAGGGAGGUGCCAGCACUUGAGCCCUGAGGCCCUGCUGGCCCCUGGGCGCAGGCCCAGCUCCCGCCCCCAGGGAUGGACCUCGCGGACCCCGACAUCUUUAAUAGGGAUCCCCGGGACCACUAUGACCUGCUGCAGCGGCUGGGUGGCGGCACCUAUGGCGAAGUCUUCAAGGCUCGAGACAAGGUGUCCGGGGACCUGGUGGCACUGAAGAUGGUGAAGAUGGAGCCUGAUGAUGAUGUCUCCACCCUUCAGAAGGAAAUCCUCAUGUUGAAAACUUGCCGGCAUGCUAACAUCGUGGCCUACCAUGGGAGUUAUCUCUGGUUGCAGAAGCUCUGGAUCUGCAUGGAAUUCUGUGGGGCUGGUUCUCUCCAGGACAUCUACCAAGUGACAGGCUCCUUGUCAGAGCUCCAGAUCAGCUAUGUCUGCCGGGAAGUGCUCCAGGGACUGGCCUAUUUGCACUCACAGAAGAAGAUACACCGAGACAUCAAGGUGGUCUGGGGCAGAAGGGUGAUUAUUUCUAAAGUACAAUAAGUUGCUAUAUAUCUCCCUCUGCCUUUAGCUGACUUUGGUAUCUCGGCCCAGAUUGGGGCGACACUGGCCAGACGCCUCUCUUUCAUUGGGACCCCAUACUGGAUGGCCCCAGAAGUGGCAGCUGUGGCCCUGAAAGGGGGAUAUAAUGAGCUGUGUGACAUCUGGUCCCUGGGCAUCACAGCCAUCGAACUAGCUGAGCUACAGCCACCACUCUUCGAUGUGCACCCUCUCAGAGUUCUCUUCCUCAUGACCAAGAGUGGCUACCAGCCUCCCCGGCUAAAGGAAAAGGGCAAAUGGUCGGCUGCCUUCCACAACUUUGUCAAAGUCACCCUUACUAAGAGCCCCAAGAAACGACCCAGCGCCACCAAGAUGCUCAGUCAUCAGCUGGUGUCCCAGCCUGGGCUGAAUAGAGGCCUGAUCCUAGAUCUUCUUGACAAACUGAGGAAUCCCGGGAAGGGACCCCCUGUUGGGGAGAUUGAAGACGAGGACCCUGAGCUACCCCCUGCCAUCCCACGGAGGAUAAGAUCCACCCACCGGUCCAGUUCUCUGGGGAUCCCAGAUGCAGAUUGCUGUCGGCGGCACAUGGAGUUCAGGAAGCUCAGAGGAAUGAAGACCAAACCGUCAGCCGACACUGCUCACUUACAGCCGCCUACAGACUUCAGGAGCAGCAGUCCCAGCAGGCACCUGUCAGAGUCCGAUGAUGACUAUGACGACGUGGACAUCCCCACCCCUGCAGAGGACACGCCUCCUCCACUGCCCCCCAAGCCCAAGUUCCGUUCUCCAUCGGAUGAGGGUCUUGGGGGGACAGGGGAUGAAGGGCAGCUGAGCCCAGGGGUGCUGGUCCGGUGUGCCAGUGGGCCUCCCCCACGCACCCCCCGUCUUGGGCCUCCCCCAGCCACUGACAGCCCUCACCUUACCGCCCAUUCAGAACCCUCACUCUGGAACCCACCCUCCCGGAAGCCUGACCAACCCCCACUGCUGCCCCCCAAGAAAGAAAAGAUGAAGAGAAAGGGAUGUGCCCUUCUCGUAAAGUUGUUCAAUGGCUGCCCCCUCCGGAUCCACAGCACAGCCGCCUGGACACACCCCUCCACCAAGGACCAGUACCUGCUCCUGGGGGCAGAGGAAGGCAUUUUCAUCUUGAACCGGAAUGAUCAGGAGGCCACGCUGGAGAUGCUCUUUCCUAGCCGGACUACCUGGGUGUACUCCAUCAACAACGUCCUCAUGUCUCUCUCAGGAAAGACACCCCACCUGUAUUCUCAUAGCAUCCUGGGCCUGCUGGAACGGAAAGAGACCAGAGCAGGAAGCCCCAUCGCUCACAUUAGCCCCCACCGGCUAUUGGGAAGGAAGAACAUGGUCUCCACCAAGAUCCAGGACACCAAAGGCUGCCGGGCUUGUUGUGUGGCCGAGGGUGGAGACUCCGGCGGCCCGUUUCUGUGUGGCGCAUUGGAGACGUCCGUGGUCCUGCUUCAGUGGUACCAGCCCAUGAAUAAGUUCCUGCUCAUCCGGCAGGUGCUGUUCCCACUACCAACGCCUCUGCCAGUGUUCGCGCUGCUGACCGGGCCAGGUUCUGAGCUGCCCGCCGUGUGCAUCGGCGUGAGCCCCGGGCGGCCGGCGAGCUCGGUGCUCUUCCACACCGUGCGCUUCGGCGCGCUGUCCUGCUGGCUGGGCGAGAUGAGCACCGAGCACACGGGACCAGUGCAGGUGAGCCAGGUACAGGAAGACAUGGUGAUGGUGUUGGUGGACGGCUCUCUGAAGCUGGUGACCCCAGAGGGGGCCCCAGUCAAGGGGCUUCGCACACCUGAGAUCCCUAUGACUGAAGCAGUGGAGGCCGUAGCUAUGGUUGGAGGUCGGCUUCAGGCCUUCUGGAAGCAUGGAGUGCAGGUGUGGGCUCCAGGCUCAGAUCAGCUGCUGCAGGAGCUGAGAGACCCCACCCUCACUUUCCGCCUCCUUGGCUCCCCCAGGCCUGUAGUGGUGGAGACACGCCCAACAGAUGAUCCUACUGCCCCCAGCAACCUCUACAUCCAGGAAUGAGUCCCCAGGGAGGUGUUAGGAACCAGUCCCUGCACCCCCCUCCCAACACACACACUAGUGGUUAUGUCAUGUCCUUGUCUCCCAAUAAACAUGACUUUAGCCUCUGC